UAUUUAUUAUUUUGUGUUUUUUUUUGGAUUAAUGCUAGCCUUGUUGGGGUGAGAGCAUUUACCAAUUUUAAGAUUUUUUCUAAUUUAGGAAUUUUCUAUGUAUAAUUGUAUUCUUAAAAAGCCUUAAAUGGUAUCAUUAUUUCAUGUAGUUUUUUUUCAGUUAGUAAUACAAUUUGUAGGUUAAUACACAUCAGCACGUAAAUGUCUGCCUUAUUUUUUUAAUGGCUGAGUAAUUGUCCAUGGGUGCGCAAAUGAUUAAGCACUAAACUCCUAGCCGAAAGGUUGGUUGGCGGUUCGGACCCACCCAAAGGUGCCUCAGAAGACAGUUCUACUUCACACACAAAGGGUCACCAUGAAUUAGAAUUGUCUUGACAGCAACUGACAACAGCGACAACUGGUCCACUGUAUGGUUCACUAAUUUAUUUAACCCAUUUCACUUUAAUUAAAUGUCACUAAAUGUUUACUGUACAAAAAAUGCUGCAGUUUUUUGGGUUACGGUGUGAGUAUAGACAUCCAUGGUUUAAAUCCCUGAAGUGGAACUACUAGGUUAGAGGGGUAUGCGUUUAAAAUUUCCAUAAGAUUCUGUAAUGUUAAGUUGUCUUCCAAAAAGACUAACCAUUUAGGGUUCCACCUACACUGUCAUCUAACACUCAUCCUCUGUAGCUAAAUUGAGUUUCUCAACUCCAGUUUUAAUUAAAGCACUUUAUUAAAUAGUUCCAAACAUCUUACUUCCUUGACUUUUAUUACCAGGUUCUUUGCUUCACAAUUCCAUGUCUUUUCUACAUUUUCUCAGGCUAAGUGCACUUAAAUAGUGUACUUGAAUAGUAGCUUCCAUAAAAACUUUCUCACUGAGUAAAAGUUAGAAGUGAUUGGUUUAAACAUACAGAAAAAUGGCUGUAAGUAAUACAAAUCAAACUCUUGAAAAUACCCAAAACCGCUUUGUGUAUAGGAAAACUUUGAAGUUUCCUUUUUUUUUUUGAAUGAAAGUUUCAACUUAUGGUGUGAGAAGAAGGGACAGAAAGACUAACUUGGAUUGAAGAAUUCUUCCAGAAAUAAAAUGAAAUCUAGGACAUAAAUAAUCUUGCUGCUAUGCUUCCAAGCUGUAUUCUGAAUCAACUUAAGUUUUAAACAAGGUGAACCUUUGAGAAUUGGAAAUAGAAUAUAUUUAAAGAGUCAGGAUGUGGGAUCAAGGAGGACAGCCUUGGCAGCAGUGGCCCUUGAACCAACAACAAUGGAUGCAGUCAUUCCAGCACCAACAGGAUCCAAGCCAGAUUGACUGGGCUGCUUUGGCUCAAGCUUGGAUUGCCCAAAGAGAAGCUUCAGGACAGCAAAGUAUGGUAGAACAACCACCAGGAAUGAUGCCAAAUGGACAAGAUAUGUCUACAAUGGAAUCUGGUCCAAACAAUCAUGGGAAUUUUCAAGGAGAUUCAAACUUUAACAGAAUGUGGCAGCCAGAAUGGGGAAUGCAUCAGCAACCCCCACACCCCCCUCCAGAUCAGCCAUGGAUGCCACCAACACCAGGCCCAAUGGACAUUGUUCCUCCUUCUGAAGACAGCAACAGUCAGGACAGUGGGGAAUUUGCCCCUGACAACAGGCAUAUAUUUAACCAGAACAAUCACAACUUUGGUGGACCACCCGAUAAUUUUGCAGUGGGGCCAGUGAACCAGUUUGACUAUCAGCAUGGGGCUGCUUUUGGUCCACCGCAAGGUGGAUUUCAUCCUCCUUAUUGGCAACCAGGACCUCCAGGACCUCCGGCUCCUCCCCAGAAUCGAAGAGAAAGGCCAUCAUCAUUCAGGGAUCGGCAGCGUUCACCUAUUGCACUUCCUGUGAAGCAGGAGCCUCCGCAAAUUGAUGCAGUAAAACGCAGGACUCUUCCAGCUUGGAUUCGUGAAGGUCUUGAAAAAAUGGAACGUGAAAAGCAGAAGAAGUUGGAGAAAGAAAGAAUGGAACAACAACGUUCACAAUUGUCCAAAAAAGAAAAGAAGGCCACAGAAGAUGCUGAAGGAGGAGAUGGCCCUCGUUUACCUCAAAGAAGUAAAUUUGAUAGUGAUGAGGAAGAUGAAGACACUGAAAAUGUUGAGGCUGCAAGCAGUGGAAAAGUCACAAGAAGUCCAUCUCCAGUUCCUCAAGAAGACCAAAGUGAACCAGAGAUGACUGAAGAAGAGAAAGAGUACCAAAUGAUGUUGCUGACAAAAAUGCUUCUGACUGAAAUUCUUCUGGAUGUGACAGAUGAAGAAAUUUAUUACGUAGCCAAAGAUGCACACCGGAAAGCAACGAAAGCUCCUGCAAAACAGCUGGCACAGUCCAGUGCACUGGCUUCCCUCACUGGACUCGGUGGACUGGGUGGUUAUGGAUCAGGAGACAGUGAAGAUGAGAGGAGCGACAGAGGCUCUGAGUCAUCUGACACUGAUGAUGAAGAAUUACGGCACCGAAUCCGGCAAAAACAGGAAGCAUUUUGGAGAAAAGAAAAAGAACAGCAGCUGUUACAUGAUAAACAGAUGGAAGAAGAAAAGCAACAAACAGAAAGGGUUACAAAAGAGAUGAAUGAAUUUAUCCAUAAAGAGCAAAAUAGUUUUCUACUAGAAGCAAGAGAAGCAGACGGUGAUGUGGUUAAUGAAAAGAAAAGAAUUCCAAGUGAAACUACAUCAGCUUUAGAACCAAAAAAAGAGCAUAAAGAAAAAGAGAAACAAGGAAGGAGUAGAUCUGGAAGUUCUAGUAGCGGUAGUUCCAGUAGCAAUAGUAGAAGUAGUAGUAGCAGUAGUACUGUCUCUAGUUCUUCAUACAGUUCUAGCUCAGGUAGUAGUCGCACUUCUUCUCGGUCUUCUUCCCCUAAAAGGAAAAAGAGACACAGUAGGAGUAGAUCUCCGACAGUUAAAGCUAGACGUAGCAGGAGUAGGAGUUACUCUCGCAGAAUUAAAAUAGAGAGCAAUAGGGCUAGGGUAAAGAUUAGAGAUAGGAGAAGAUCUAAUAGAAAUAGCAUUGAAAGAGAAAGACGAAGAAAUCGGAGUCCUUCCCGAGAGAGACGUAGAAGUAGAAGUCGCUCAAGGGAUAGGCGAACCAAUCGUUCCAGUCGAAGUAGGAGUCGAGAUAGACGUAAAAUCGAUGAUCAACGUGCAAAUCUUAGUGGGAGCAGUCAUAAGCAUAAAGGUGAGGCUAAAGAACAAGAGAGGAAAAAAGAGAGGAGUCGAAGUAUAGAUAGAGAUAGGAAAAAGAAAGACAAAGAAAGGGAGCGUGAACAGGAUAAAAGAAAAGAGAAACAAAAAAGAGAAGAGAAAGAUUUUAAGUUUAGUAGUCAGGAUGAUAGAUUAAAAAGAAAACGAGAAAGUGAAAGAACAUUCUCUAGGAGUGGUUCUAUAUCUGUUAAAAUUAUAAGACAUGAUUCUAGACAGGAUAGUAAGAAAAGUACUACCAAAGAUAGUAAAAAACAUUCAGGCUCUGAUUCUAGUGGAAGGAGCAGUUCUGAAUCUCCAGGAAGUAGCAAAGAAAAGAAGGCUAAGAAGCCUAAACAUAGUCGAUCGCGAUCCAUGGAGAAAUCUCAAAGGUCUGGUAAGAAGGCAAGCCGCAAACACAAGUCUAAGUCCCGAUCAAGAUCAACAACCCCUCCCCGUCGUAAACGCUGAGGAAUGAUGUGGCAAGAAUGCCAUGAUGUUGUUUAAAAAAUUCCAUGAGUUUUAAGGGCUUGUCUCAUUAUAGAGGCACAUUGUGGCUGUGUAGGUGAAACCAGAAUCUUUUUUUUUUUUUUUAAAUCUGUAAAUAGGUGUACUUUUUCCAGAUGCUGCUCUGAGUUACUUUGUAUUAAAUUUUUUCCAAAAAAUAGUGCAUAAUAAGACUAUAAACAUACCAUUCUCUUUCAGCUGUAAUGUUCUUAAAAUUAUUCUUGAAUGUACUGUGAUGGUCAAUAAAGCUCUUUAGUUCUUUUUUGUUAACUUCUUGCACCUUAAUUUUAUGAUUUUUAAUCUAAGGAACGUACUUUUAUAAAAAGGCAGCUGGAAUUUUGUAUAACAGGUUUUAAAGGUACUUCCUCCCAUCUCCCCCAGAGAAAAUGGUUUUAAUAGUUUGUCAAAGUUUGUAAAUUGUACCCAUGGACUUUUGUCAAAUUCCACCUUUAAGGGUGUGAAAGUGGGCCAGAAAUAGACCUAUAUUUUCCAUUUGGAAGCAUUGGACAGCUUUCUAAACUUUUCUUCCUAUUUUGGGGAUUUUCAAGUGAUAUAUUCUCUGUGUGUAUAAAGUAUGGAUCACUCCUGUAAAAUGAAUUGCUGAUAUCAAUCAAGCCAUUGCACCAGUAGAAUUAUAUGUAACGAAUGAACGUGUUUGGCACUGAUAGUCAAGUCUGGAAGUAUAUUCUGCAAUCACCCACCUCUGCUUUAGAAGCGUAUUUUAAACACUUUGGGGUUAUUAUAGAAACAAGACUAUUCAAUAUAUAUUUAUUUAUAUUUUUAAAGUGUACUAUGACCUCAACUCAGUGGAGAAAUGCUGUAUUAUGCAGGUCUGUGUCAACUUCAUAACAUUAAAAUGAUCCUAUUUUGUCAAUUUCUUAAAUUAUGAGCAAUGAGUGGUCUACAAAUUUAAGCCAUUCAUAACUUACUAGUAAAAUGGGGUUCUGGAGGCAUUUUAACUUAAGUGCUCGACUGCUUUCAUGGUCUGUUUUUAUAAGAUUAUUCAUUUAUGAGGCAAUAGUCAGAUAAAUCUCUGAAAACAAAUGCUUUUAAAUCUUGAAAAGAAAAGCAGGUGCGCGACACAGAAGUUUUACAGUAUGCCUUCUUACCAGCAAUAGUUCAUUUAAAAAUAACGCCAUAUUUUUGCCAAGAUCAGUGUUUCCUCAAAAUAAAGGUAGAAAUAGAUUUGCAUAGUGUGCUCUUGUACCUUCUUCAUAGAUUCUUUAAUAUUUUGAGCAGUUAUGCAUUUAUCUAAAGGAAAUAACUGUGAAUAAAUGCAUGUUUACCAAAAUGGCUGUUUUACAGUGCAUUUAGUUCUGGUAUUUAUAAAGUUGGCAUUUCACAGGAUAACUUUAAAAUAGUUUGGAAUUCAGUAUAGUUUAGUCAUCAAUCACAUAUGGAGACAAAAUUAAGGAAAAUGUGCAAUAUUUUUUAUGUAGGAGAGCUAACAUGGUGUACCUAAUUGCAGAAUUAAUUAUCUGAUUUGUAAUAAGUUGUAUAACAUUUUCAUAUCUAAACAUGUUUUUUAGAUUAAUCUUCCAGUGAAAAAUUAUUUUCAAAAUAAAAUUCUACAGAAAAAA